CGAUUGGCCGAACGAUCUAGACAUGUCGCGCGAUAACGCGCAUCAUCAUGACGACAGCCACUCGAACGGAGAAUUCUCCCUAUAAGUAUUCCGAGGAGAUACGAGAGGAAUGAAUUUUAGCGAUCUCCGCGCAACUAGUGUAACUUGACGACAACUUUCGUCCGCGCGAUCCACUUGCCUUCUCGCGCGGUGACUCGAUAAACGGGAGAUCCGUGUUAUGUGCUCGGAAAAGCGGGAAUUAGCCGGCGCCAUUUGAUCGCGAACACCGUUAUUCGUGUUGAUCGCGGACGACAGUUAAAUCCUAAUCCCUAUCCUGUCCUCAUUCUCCCGGGCGACGCGGCCACCGUCACCAUCGCCAUCGCCGUCGCCCGUCGCCGAACGGCUCACGACGAUCAACAUCAGCCUCUUGUGCAGUGAAAUCGUGAGACGUGACAGAUCGACGAGCGGCACCGUGUCCUGAGAGCAUCAGAGUUUUCGAGGUGUCCUUCCUCGCGUACCAUCGCCGAUAUGAGCUGUCUAAAGGCGACGGGCACCGUCUUCAUCUACAUCGGCCUGUUCCUGGCCGUGAUCACGUUUAUACCUGGUCUACCACCGAACACGGAGUUCAAAGAGUACAGCGUGACACCGCCACGCGAACUCGAUCCCAAGGUAGGCCCGAAGAAUCGACUGUACGGCGGCCAGAAGCUGUUCGAGGGUGAGGUCAAUGGUCCGGAAGCAUUCGACUCCUACAAUGGGCAGCUCUACACUGGUGUGCAUGGCGGUUAUGUCCUGAGGGUCGAGGAGGAUCGCCUAGUGCCGAUCGUCAAAUUUGGCAAAAAAUGCGAUGGCAUUUGGCAGGAACAUAAAUGUGGCAGGCCAUUGGGAUUAAAGUUUGAUAAGAAAGGCAAUUUAUAUGUAGUGGAUACAUAUUAUGGAAUCUUCAAAGUAAAUGUUGAAACUGGAGAAUACAAAAAUAUAGUGAACAUAUCUAAACCGAUUGAUGGAAAAGUUCCACGACUUCCUAAUAGCGUAGAUAUCGCAAAGAAUGGAGAUCUUUAUUGGACUGAAAGCAACACGGACUUUGCUCUUUGCGAUAUAAUGAUGACAUUUUUAUCAAAUCCAUCAGGAAGGCUUAUACGUUAUAAUGCAGCUAAAAAGGAAAACGAAGUACUGAUGCGAAAUCUUGCAUUUGCAAAUGGGAUCAUGUUAAGCGACGAUGAAAGUUUCGUGAUAGUUGCAGAAACUCAGAGAAAUCGUAUCAUGAAAUACAAUUUAAAAGGACCAAAGGCGGGGCAAUAUGAAGUUUUCGUCGAUGCUUUGCCGGGUUUACCGGAUAAUAUUAACAGCGACGGUCAAGGUAGUUUUCUCGUCCCUUUAAUCAUAGUUCUUGAUCCUGAAAAUCCUCAAAUAGACAGGUCUCUCGCACCACAUCCGUACUUAAGAAAAAUGUUGGUGCGAUUAUUAGUGACGAUGGAAUUACCAUUUAAACUGUUGCACGAUAUUUAUCCCAAUACCUACACAGAAAGACUUUUGCAUGCGAUCGGAUCAUUCCAAGGUGCUGAAAGCUUAAUUGAUUCGUCAGAGAAAAGUCUGCUCUUGAGAAUAGAUGCGUCUGGCAACAUCAUUGAUGUCCUUUCAUCAGAAGACCGCACAGUCUAUCGUAUAAGUGCAGCUCAUAUACAUAAUGGCUAUUUAUGGUUUGGUUCUCCAUGGCAAAACUAUAUAGUCAGAGUCCCAUUGAAACAAGCUUUCCCUGACUUAGCUGAUAGUUCGAAAGAAUCUUCUCGAAUGAAGAAUGAAAAGCAAUCGUCGAAUACUGGUCCUUCAGAUGUGAAGACAGAAAGAACAAAGCGAGACAUGGAUUCUGCAACAGUAAAAUCAACCGCCAUUCCUACAACGCCUAAAUCAACUGCAUCGCCUACUCCUAAGCCAACUGCUGUGCCAAAACCAUCCUCAGCUCCUAAAAUGGAUAAAUCUACCAGUGGCAACGUAAAAACACCAGAAACUAAAUCCACGAAUACUGAAGCCAAAAAGGACAAUGUAAAAACGGCUGGCGAUGUGAAAUCUAAUACGAAAUCCAAUUCUCCGAACACGAAGUCUGAAGAGACUAGCAAAAAAGAGGCUGCUGCAAAGACACACUCUGGAAAGAAUGUAAAAGAUCAGGAUGCUUCUGUGAAACAAACAGCGCAGAAAUCACAAGCUGAGAAAGUUAAACGCGUUGAAACGAAUCGUCUGAAAGAGGACCUCUAAUAAACAAGUAAAUAAACUAUAAUAUAUUUGUGAUACCACCAACACUUGUUGAACGGUACACUCCAUUUUUUUAAGCAUUCCAUUAAAAAUGAAAAAAAACAGGUUGGGGAUAUAUAGAUUAUCGAUUUCUCAUCAAUUUGCUUUAUACGCAUUUAUAUCAUCCACGUUGUUAUACUUGAGUCGUGCACAAGUUAUGUAUAUACAAGUUAUGUGAUCCAUUAAAGGGACUAUAUUUGCAAAAGAUAAAAUUCUAUUUAAAAAGUUGAAAAUGUAGAAUAUCUCAUGCAAAAUUUUAUUUUUACGAAAGUCAGGAGAUCAAGAAUAUUUUUUAUCAUGUUUACAAUUUAAACAUGAUAAAAUGUAAAAAAAAUUAAUUUUUUUAUUAUAUAUUGCCACUUUAAAUCAUUCCACAUAUCUCAAUAGUGAUGCAAGACAAUUUAAAAAAUUUAAUAUUUCAUAAAUAAUGGGGUUAGAAUUUGUCGAGUAAAAUAUUAAAUUUAUUUUCACUUUUGUAAUUUAAAAAUAUGUUUUUAUUUGCAUUUUAAUAAUUAAAAAAAAGAGGAUCAUUGCAUUAAGAGCUAACUAGAAGCUUAAAGUUAAGAGAAUAUUUGAAUAAAAGUUCAAUUUUUUCAAAAAAUCAUAUUUUUUAAAAUCUAUUUCAUAGUUUGAUUUAUUUUUUCUUUUUUUAAAUGUGUAAUCACAUUCCUAAUUGUAUUAUUAAUGACAACCUAAUAUAUUCUAGAAAGUGAUAUAAGAAUAUGAAUGAUAUAUUAUACAGAGGAAUAUAUCAGCUUUAUUACAGUGACUAAAAAAGAUGAAAGUUUAAAGAAAGUUAUAUGUUGGUGACUGUAAUGUAUAUAUAAAGUUGAAAGAUUGUCUUUGCAAAUUUUAUUAUACGUUUUCCAUACAUAUAUUAUAUGUGCUAAUUUUUAUGUUUUACAUUUUAUUUGUAUCAAAAUCCACAUGAUUUAAUUCAUUUAAAGAGAAUUUCUUACUUUUUCUGUAACCUUAAUUACUUUGGACAUAUCAAACUAACUUUGUAUAAACUUGCAGUUUUAAAUAUGUAAUAUACAUCAAAUGCUGAAAUGAUUGACAGCACAAAUUUAUUUUUAAGCACACGAAUAUAAUAUUAACAGUCUUAUUGAUAUAAAAAUAAAAUUGAAGUUUAUUUUACAUAUUUAUCAAUGCAAUAAUUUUCCAUUUAUUUUUAUAAAUUGCUUUUUUUCUUUAUAUAGAAUACUAGGAUAAUAUCCAUGUUAAUUGUAACUAUUGUAUGGAUACUAAAAUAUAAUUCACGUAAAUUUCAACAAGUGGAAGUGAACAAAUCUAGAAUGAUAUAAAUACUGUGUAGGUAAUUAAAGAAAGGACUGAUAUAAAUGUUUUUGUUAAGUUGGUCGAUUAUAAAUAAUAACUUUGUUAUGUGGUGUCAGGUGAGAUGUAAGAUAAUUAUAAGAAUUGUACAGUUUGGCAAUUACACAAAUAAAAUUGACUUUUUCAAUAGUUA